UUGUAGUUGAUAAAAGAGUUAAGGCUGCAAUUGAGCCUUACAAGGCCUUGUCGGGUAGGAUUGAUGAAUUAGAGAACCGCUUCAAUGCACGAUCGAAGGAGAGAUCAGACCCAGAGAUGGCACUGCUUAGGUCAGAGCUGGCUAAGGUAAAUAUGAAUGUUGGAAAGUUAUGGCAACACCAAUUUAUGGUGUCAUCAAAGUCGGCAGUAGAGGAGUCUGAGGGAGAAAUCCCAUUGUUUGAUCUCACAGAGGAGCUAGUGAAGAAAAAGAAAAAAAAAGGUGAGAAGAAAGACAAAAGAAGGAGAGAGAGGCCCGAUAAUAAUAAAGAAUAA